AGUAUGGACGAGCUAUAAAGUUCGGACGUUGGACUGACGUCUCGCGGUCAGAACAACUUAUACGCCGUCAACGGGUCGCAACAACCCCGUCACUCCCGAGCCAGGACGUCUUCCAAGCCACACAAGCCAGCCGUCUCCUCUUUGCAAGUUACGAGCCGACACCGAUCCCGAAGAGUGGACGCUUCCGUCGCAUGGGAACGUGCCGAAAAGUUGAGAGGAAGAAAGUAUGUAAUCAAUCAUUGAUUGAUGUAAGUUCCGCGAUGUAGACUCGAAUUUUUAACCGUGGAAACAAGCUCUGAUUUGAAAUAAAAAGCUUCCAUACACAGUACAUUAACAAUUCGAGCCGUACGGAAAAGAAUAGGAACGAAGUAAAGCAAUUGUGUGCAUCGGCAUACGGGGAAGUUAUCGGCACGCGCUCUCGACGUCAUAGUGGGAUGGUAGGCGUCACGUGAUCAGACCACGCUAGUGUUGUCAAAACGCCAAAGGGACACGAAUCGACUUCGUCCGAAUCGUCUCGAGAGAUUGUCGAUGCGUCGUAUAUGGCCACUAGCAACGUCGGUCUGUCGCAGGUCGUCGCCCGAAUUAGAUGAAUUAGUGAAAGAAUCGGAGAGUCAUACAGAAGAACUAGAGAAUGAUUGAGGGGAAAUCAUCAGCACAUCACUAAAGAGUGUUGCAAUGGUGACGUCACUCUGGUGGCACAGACUGUAUCCCCGGAGUGACCCAUGAUUUGAUGGCAGACAGUUUUCCAACCAUGACCAGUAGCCAUGACGAAGAAGGAAAGACAGAACUGGCCGAAAAAAACCGCAAAAGAAAGCGUUUGAGUGCCGUUUUAGAUAAACUGACUGGACGAACCAGCAACGUAUCAACCCGUCCGAAAGUCCGACCUCAGAAACAAGUGUCGAUAGACAGUGAUAUUAGUGCAUCCGUGCGCUGUAAAUUGGGUCUCGAAGAAGCCAUGGUAGAAGAAACGUCUCCAGCUCAUCCGUCAUCUCGCACUCCAACUCCGUGCAGUUCGGGCUUGUCGAGUCCAGGAGAUACUGAAAGGAAACCUCUUUAUCCCAGCAUCGAAGGGGCAGAAGAAGGUUUGUUCACACCCCCCACCUCCGACUCAGCCGGGGGAAGAGAAAGUGGUCCCACUCCCAGUCCCCCUUUGGAAGAGGAGAGCAGCGACGAUACCUUUUUAGCAGAAGUCCCAACACCCUACUCUCAACGACCCCUACCCACUUCCGCUCCCGCUCCCGAACCGGAAGUGGCUGUUGUCAUGGGUAACGGCGCUAGUCGAAGCAAAGUUCCCCCUCUAGGGGGGAGUUUUCCCACCUUUCCCAUCUGCGACUGCCAUCACUGCCGUCUGCUCGCAGGUAGAACAGGUGGUCGACUUAUCGGCCACGCAUUGCCCGUUUGGGACGAAGCUUUGCAUCAGAGGUCGUUGGCCGCUGGGUACGAAGGAUAUUUCCGAUCGAAGCUGCUGCCCGAAUUGCAUCGUCGAAGAAGUCACUCCGAUAGCGACCUUCAACAGUGGUUGUUAGAGUGCGGAACCGAAACGCCUAUGCCGCCGCCACCCCCUCCCAGACCGUUAACUAUGCCUCAGAAGUCCGGAAGUUUAGAAUCUGAUCCGUCGACUCCUCAGGAUUCGCCUCUCGAUCUGUCGACGAAACCACCUCGAUCGGCAGAAAAACCAUUCGGUAACCUCUUAUUACAAUCCACAGUCGUAUACGGAGGAGAACAAGAAGGCCCGAGACUUCCUUAUCCUCUCACACCAUUCGAUAUCGCUCCACUUUCUAGCAGUCCUCGAGGACUUCUCAUUCCCAAAACCUAUUCCAUGACAACGGGAGAGGUACCGAGAUCCGAAAACAGAUUAUACAACCUAGAAGUAUCUCCGGUAGUCGAAGAAGUAUCCAGCGGAGCUGAAGUAGCUUAUGUCUGCCCCAUUUGCGGUCAGAUGUUCUCAUUACACGAUCGUCUCGCAAAACACAUGGCUAGCCGUCACCGCAGUCGCCAAACUGAUAGUUCGACGACAAAAACUUAUGUUUGUGAAGUGUGUAACAGAUCGUUUGCCAGGAGUGAUAUGCUAACCCGUCACAUGAGGUUGCACACGGGGAUCAAGCCGUACACCUGCCGAAUGUGUGGCCAAGUUUUCAGCAGAAGCGAUCAUUUGAGCACCCAUCAAAGAACCCACACGGGAGAGAAACCUUACAAGUGUCCUCAAUGCCCUUACGCUGCGUGCAGAAGGGAUAUGAUCACUCGUCAUAUGAGAACGCAUGCGAGGUACGAAUUGCCGGAUAGUAGUUCGAGUAUGGAAGGCGAAACCUGCGAUUCUCCUAGGGACAAGGCCAGUCCUACGGCACCGGCGGAAGAUUUACGGCCCACAUCGCCGACACAGAAACUCAGUGCCUUAACUGUACGCAGUCCUAUGAUGGAAAGAUUGGCAAAAGACUGAUGCUAACAGAAAUUAGAAAGAAGUAAUGAUCGGUAGAUGAAUUUCCAAACAUUUGGAUGGAUUGGAGUGCAUCUAAGUAAGGUGCCUAGCCAGUGGAUACACUUUGGAACAGUCUAUGUGAUUCAGUGCCUGACUCAAAUGGAUGAUUAGUUUUAUUUACUCAAAGAGAAGAACAUUAUUUUAUGGACAAUCCCCUAGAUCGACCAAGAGGUGUCCUGGACAUCUAAUACUCCUAUGUAAUUGCUCAUUCUACCUGUAAGAAUUCCAAGAGAGGUACAUUUAAUCUUCAAAUGUAAUAUAAUCGUGUUUCAGUUUUGUGCCAAACGGCUUCCCCUUCUUUACGAAAUGUUGUAUGUAUUAUUGUUGUUUGUUAUUUGUUGUGUACAGGUUUUUCGGGACGCUCAAGGGAUUCCAAGAGAAUAAUUAAAAAAAAAGGAAAAAACAAAAAAAAUAAAAUAAAAUAAAAAAUUGAGACGGCGAUACCACAUGGCUUCGAUAGGCUCUAUUCCUUCCUCUCGGGAAGAUCUCUUUCAGGCUAAUUAUG